CAUUUUUGGCCACGACUGUAUAUGUGUGCCGCUCUUCAACAAAUUUCUUCACGCCGUUGUGGACGACUGUAGAUGCGGGACUCGGACGUCGGCAUCACGAGCCAUGCUUGAGGUCUUGCUCCUGAGCGUCAUCAUCGCGCUUGCUACGUGGUUCAUCAUACAACGCAAGAGACGUUUCUCGUUCUUUAAGGACCUCGGAAUCCCCGGACCUCCUCCAAGCUUUCUUUCAGGAAACCUCUCGGAGAUAAUACAGAAGGGAUCACUGAUCACAUUCAAGGAAUGGUUGGACAAAUACGGAGACAUCGUAGGCUUCUACAAUGGGGCUCAUCCGUUUCUUAUCGUGAAAGAUCCCGAACUAAUCAAGAAGAUCCAGAUAAAAGAUUUCAACAAUUUUACAAGCCGAGGAAUGAUGUCAGGCUUCGCGCGGAGCCAUCCGAUUAUCAGUCAAAGCAUGGUGCAUGCUGAGGGGGACCGCUGGAAGAAAAUGCGCAGCCUCAUCACGCCAGCCUUUACGACUAGCAACAUGAAGAAGAUGGCGAGCCUCAUGGACGACAGCUCCAAUGAGUUACUCGAUGUCAUCGAGUCCCUCCGGCCAAAACACAAAGCCAUCGAGUUUCGGGAGCUAUUCCAGAGGUUAGCGGCAGACGUGCUCAUUCAAACAGCAUUCGGCCUAAAAUUUAAUCUGCAGCGAAAAGAUCGAGCGGACAGCUCGGCAGAGUCGCUGUUUCAGGAGAGCUUGAAGAGUUUUCAGCAAUUUCGUCAUGCAUGGAUAAACUUCCUUACUGCAUGCUUUCCGGAGUUUGCCUCUUUUUGGACAACGGUAAUGUCGUGCAGUUCGCGGCUCAACAAAACUGCCACAGACAACAUCUUUGAUGAACUUUCUCCUAUCGUACAUUUCCGUCGAGGAAACCGCGAGAACGAUAGAAGCGAUCUCUUGCAGUUGAUGCUCAAUGCAGAAGCUGAGGAUGAAGUCCCCGUAGACGUGCAUUCGCUCACAACGUCCGUCGAUUCAGAUAGAGCAUUUGAAGAUAAGCAGCCUGUCAAAGCAAAGGACAGCGGGAAGAAGUGCUUUCUAACAAAUACGGAAAUUUUGGCAAACGGCUUCAUCUUCUUCGUAGCGGGGUCCGAGACAACAGCCACAGCUCUGGCGUUUAUAGUGUAUCUCCUUGCAAAACACCAAGACAUUCAAGACCGUCUUCGAAAAGAAGUCCUUGCCAUCCUGAAGAGAGAUGGAACCUUUACGUAUGACAACGUUUUCAGCUUCAAAUACAUGGACCAAGUCAUAUCGGAAUCGCUUCGCUUUUAUGCGCCCGCCAUAGGCUUCACAACAAGAGGAUGUGCUAGAGACUACGUCCACAAGGGUAUCACUAUACCUGCCGGAAUCAACAUCCUUAUACCCCACUACCAGAUGAGCCGUGACCCAGCUUUUUGGACGGAACAAGAAAUUUUCGAUCCCGAAAGAUUUAGCCCUGAAAAGAAAAGCGAAGUUGAUCCUGCGGUGUACCAGCCUUUUGGUCAAGGCCCUCGCAACUGCGUCGGCAUACGCUUCGCUCAACUCGAGAUGAAACUCACCUUGGCCAAGCUAAUGGCGAAAUACAAGCUCGUUCUGGACGAUCGUCAUAUUAAGGAGAAAGUGUUGAAGCUUGAAUCUACCUUCGUCUUGGCCUACCCUAAGAAUGGCAUAUGGCUCAAGCUUGAAAAUACCAUGCUUGAAGCCUUGCUCCUGAGCGUCAUCAUGGCACUUGCUACUUGGUUCGUCAUACAACGGAAGAGACAGCUGUCGUUCUUUAAAGACCUCGGAAUCCCCGGACCUCCUCCAAGCUUUCUUUCAGGGAACCUCUCUGAAAUUAUACAAAAGGGAGCACUGGUAAAAUUCAAGGAAUGGUUAGACAAAUAUGGAGACAUCGUAGGCUUCUACAAUGGUGCUCAUCCGUCUCUUAUUGUGAAAGAUCUUGAGCUAAUCAAGAAGAUCCAGAUAAAAGAUUUCAACAAUUUUACAAGCCGAAGAAUGCCGUCGAGCUUCGCGCGGAGCCAUUCGAUCAUGAAACUAAGCUUGGUCAACGUGGAGGGCGACCGUUGGAAGAAAAUGCGCAGCCUUCUCACGCCAGCCUUUACGACGAGCAACAUGAAGAAGAUGAUGAACCUAAUGGACGACAGCACCAACGAGUUACUCGAAGCCGUGGAGUCCCUGCGGUCGAAGCAUCAUGCCAUCGAGUUUCGCGAGGUGUUCCAGAGGUUAACGGCUGACGUCAUAAUAUGAUCAGCGUUUGGCCUCAAAUCCAAUCUGCAACAAAAAGAUCGAAGCAACAGUCCUACAGAAUCACUCUUGCAAGAGGGCAUGAAGAGCUUUCCACAAUUUCGUCGCGCGUGGAUAAACUUCCUUGCUGGAAGCGGCGUUUUUAUCGUCGCGAUACCGGGAGCAUCAGCGCAAAAUGCGUUUGACGUGCCACAAAAGACAAUCGUAACCCGUUUCUUCACAAGUGUUGGCGCUUGCAUUGUAGAAUCGACCUCGACGUCAGCAUCGCAAGCCAUGCUGGAAGCCUUUCUCCUGAGUGCCAUCGUUACGCUUGCUGCAUGGUUGGUCAUAGAACGCAGGAGACGGCUGUCGUUUUUUAAAGACCUCGGCAUCCCGGGACCUCCUCCAAGCUUUCUUUCAGGAAACCUCUCUGAAAUUAUACAGAAGGGAACACUGGUCAAAUACAAAGAAUGGUUGGAGAAAUAUGGAGACAUCGUAGGCUUCUACAACGGUGCUCAUCCGUUUCUCAUUGUGAAAGAUCCUGAGCUAAUCAAGAAGAUCCAAAUAAAGGAUUUCCACAAUUUUACAAGUCGAGGAAUGUCGUCAGGCUUUGCGCGGAGCCACCCGAUCAACAAGCAAAGCUUGGUCAACGCGGAUGGCGAGCGCUGGAAGAAAAUGCGCAGCCUUCUCACGCCAGCCUUUACGACGAGGAACAUGAAAAAGAUGAUGAGCCUAAUGGACGACGGCAGCAACGAGCUCCUCGAUGCCAUCGAGACACUGCGGUCGAAGCACAAAGCCAUCGAGUUUCGUGAACUCUUCCAGAGGCUAACGGCCGACGUCAUCAUUCGAUCAGCGUUUGGCCUAAAAUCCAAUCUGCAGCAGAAGGGUCGAACCAACAGCAGUACUGAGUCACUGUUUCAGGAGAGCUUGAAUACCAUUCAGCAGUUUCGUCGUGCAUGGAUAAACUUCUUGACUGCGUGCUUUCCGGAGCUUAUCUGGUUCUGGAGAGCAAUCAUAUCGUACAGUUCCAGCCAUACCAAGACUCCCACGGACAAGUCUUUUCACGAAAUUGCUCCUAUCAUAAAGUUCCGUCGUGGAAACCGUGAGAAAGAUAGAAGCGAUCUUCUGCAGCUGAUGCUCAAUGCGGAAGUUGAGGUUGGAGCCCCGGUCAACGUACAUUCGCUCACGGCAUCCGGCGAUGCUGAUAGCUCAUACCAAGAGGACCAGCCUGUCAAAGUAAACGACAUCGGGAAGAAACACGCUUUGACGGAUACGGAAAUUAUGGCGAAUGGCUUCACUUUCUUCCUAGCGGGGUUCGAGACGACUGGCACAGCCCUGGCUUUUGCAGCCUAUCUCCUUGCAAAACACCAAGAUAUUCAAGACCGCCUUAGAGAAGAAGUCCUUUCCGUCCUGAAGAGAGAUGGAGCGUUUACGUACGACAACGUUUUCAGCAUCAAAUACAUGGACCAAGUCAUAUCGGAAUCACUUCGCCUUUUUUCGCCUGUCGUAGGUUUCGUGAAGCUGAACGCAUCACGCAAGUUUUCUCUCUCUCUGCUCGGCAGCUUCACGACAAGAAGGUGCGCUAGGGACUACGUCCACAAUGGCAUCACUAUACCUGCUGGUACCAGCGUCAUUAUUCCCAACCAUCACUUGAGUCAUGACCCAGCCUUCUGGAAGACGCCUGAAAAUUUCGAUCCCGAAAGGUUCAGUCCUGAAAACAAAGGUCAGAUAGAUCCCACCGUGUACCAGCCCUUUGGCCAAGGUCCUCGGAACUGCGUCGGAAUGCGCUUCGCUCAGCUCGAGAUGAAACUAACCAUGGCCAAACUAAUGGCAAAGUACAAGCUUGUUCUGGACGACCGUCACAUUAAGGAGAAAGAGUUGAAGCUUGAAUCUACUUUCAUCUUUGCGUACCCCCCGGAUGGCAUUUGGCUCAAGGUCGAAAAAGUGUGAAGCUUAGAACUUGCAUUUUUGAAGGGAUCAACAGUGUUCGACAGAAAUUAUUUUAGAAGAGUCAGGCGCUCUAUAAAACAUUACUCAAUUUAUCAAAAAUAAACUGGCCGUUUAAUUUUUUUCUUGAA